GCCGCAGUCCUUAGCUUCCCGGGGACAGGAAACCUUCGAGACCGAGCUGCCACUGCCGCCUCCCCGACUGCCCCCCAUUCCGCGCGCCUGCCACACCCUCCUCCCCUUCUUCCAGUAUCUUCCGGUGGGGCACUGCAGGGACUCGGCCCGCGCUCCAGUCUCCCCCUCCCGGGGGAAAGCUGUGACCCCCCCCGCAGGAGCGGCGGGGCGGGGUGGGGGGGCCUGGGAGAAGAUGGCGACGCCGGGAAGCGAACCCCAACCUUUCGUCCCUGCCCUCUCGGUGGCUACUCUGCACCCACAUCACCAUCCCCACCACCACCACCACCACCACCACCACCAUCAGCACCACGGAGGAACCGGAGCCAGCAGCGGGGUCGGGGGAGGCGGCGGCGGCGGCGGCGGCGGCAGCGGGGGCUUCAACCUGCCCUUGAACCGGGGGCUGGAGCGCGCGCUGGAGGAAGCGGCCAAUUCCGGGGGGUUGAACCUCAGCGCCAGGAAAUUGAAGGAAUUUCCCAGGACCGCGGCCCCAGGGCACGACCUCUCGGACACGGUGCAGGCAGAUUUAUCUAAAAACAGACUGGUCGAAGUCCCAAUGGAAUUGUGCCAUUUUGUAUCACUGGAAAUUCUUAAUCUGUAUCAUAAUUGCAUCAGAGUCAUUCCUGAGGCCAUCAUUAAUCUGCAGAUGCUGACUUACUUAAACUUGAGUCGAAAUCAGCUGUCUGCCCUGCCUGCCUGCCUGUGUGGUCUGCCUCUCAAAGUCUUAAUCGCAAGUAACAACAAACUUGGAUCGCUGCCAGAAGAGAUAGGUCAGCUCAAACAGUUGAUGGAGUUGGAUGUCAGCUGCAACGAGAUCACGGCCUUGCCGCAGCAGAUAGGUCAGUUGAAAUCUCUACGGGAACUGAAUGUCAGAAGAAAUUACCUUAAAGUUUUACCACAAGAACUAGUAGAUCUUCCCUUGGUAAAGUUUGACUUUUCCUGCAAUAAAGUGCUCGUGAUUCCCAUUUGUUUUAGACAGAUGAAACAGCUGCAAGUAUUACUACUUGAGAACAACCCUUUGCAGUCUCCUCCGGCACAGAUUUGCACAAAGGGCAAAGUGCACAUAUUCAAGUAUCUGAGCAUACAAGCAUGUCAGAUUAAGACAGCUGACUCCCUUGAUCUCCACACGAUGGAGAGGCCACAUUUCCACCAGCACGUGGAAGAUAGCAAGAAGGAUUCUGAUUCGGGUGUCGGAAGUGAUAAUGGAGAUAAACGUUUAUCUGCCACAGAGCCUUCUGAUGAAGACGCUGUUAGCCUCAAUGUGCCGAUGUCGAACAUCAUGGAAGAAGAACAGAUCGUCAAGGAGGACUCCUGCCAUCGCCUUAGCCCAGUUAAAGGGGACUCUCAUCAGGAAUUUCAACCAGAGCCUUCCCUUUUGGGUGACAAUGACAACUCAGGAGAAGAAAGAGACCAAUUUACUGAUGGAACAGAUGUUCUCCGUUCAGAAUUUAUAACCUAUAUUAAGGAUAGGGCUGAGGACUGUGAAGAACUGUUACGGAUAGAAGAGGACACGCACUGGCAACCUGAGGGAAUAAUAAGUUCAUCCAAAGACCAGGACAUGGAUAUAGUGAUGAUUGACCAACUGAGAGAAGCAGUAGAUUUGCUGCAAGAUCCCAACAGAUUAAACACUGAUAUUACAGAGAGAAAUGUUGUGAACUUUUAUCCUGUGGAAUCAGCAGAAGCCUUAGACUUACAAGAUUCUGCACUAAAUGGUCAAAUACAGCUGGAGACCUCUCCGGUGUGUGAGGUGCAAAAUGAUCUCACAUCACAGAGCAAUGGGAGCGAGUAUUCUCCAAAUGAGAUGAGAGCGAACUCGCCUGCAAUCUCUCCCACCACCAACAGCACAACUCCAUUUGGCCUCAAGCCUCGAUCAGACCCAGCCCUCACUCUUCCUCCUAUCUCCUUCAACAAACUUACACAGGCACAAACAUGGGACAGCUCUAGCUACAGUGUUCCAUCUGAAGGAGACAGUGACAAUGUGUUUCUAAGACCUCAGAGAAAUUUGGAAUCUAUAGACCCACAGUUUACAAUUCGGAGGAAAAUGGAACAGAUGAGAGAGGAGAAGGAACUGGUGGAACAACUCCGUGAGAGCAUCGAGAUGAGACUCAAGGUCAGCCUGCACGAAGACCUGGGGGCGGCACUCAUGGACGGCGUGGUCCUCUGCCACCUGGUCAAUCACAUCCGCCCGCGAUCCGUUGCAAGCAUCCACGUCCCCUCACCAGCAGUUCCCAAACUUAGCAUGGCCAAAUGCAGAAGAAAUGUGGAAAACUUUUUGGAAGCAUGCCGAAAAUUAGGAGUACCAGAGGCCGACCUCUGCUCUUCGUAUGACAUCCUGCAGUCGGACUUUCAUCACGUUCGAAAGACUGUUGACACUCUCCUGGCACUUGGGGAGAAACCCCCACAACCAACUUCUGCCCUCCGCUCCAGGGACCUUAUAAGCUUCUGUCUUGUCCAUAUUCUCUUUAUAGUGCUAAUCUAUGUCACUUACCACUGGAAUGCUCUGUCUGCAUAACGUCUGCAUGUGCAUCCAAACACUCUGCUAUGUCACCCUGAUCUAUCGCAGGGUCCUUCCUCCAUUUGAGCCUUUGCCUGGCCAACUUCCAUCCCUGUCAUCUCUUUAGUAAUCUCUGGAGUUUUGAAGCCAGACAUUACGAGUCAGAUUUUUCCCAAAGCACAAAUAAUUUCUCUCCCUUAGUGAAAAAACAGCAACAAGUGUGUCCAAACCUCACGCUUUCUCAUUCACAUAGUGCUAGCAGCAGUGCUAUGCAGUUCUGCUCUCUCUCCCAGGGAGCUUCGUUGCCCUUGGUAGAGCGGAAGAAGAUUCCAGAACAGGAGCAGAGGGGAUUUAGGAUAUGGAAAUCUUUCCUUUGGGUCAGUGUCGGAUCCUAAUUCAGGACUCGGUAAUUGAGGUGUAGAAGGGCCACCUUGCAGAGGGGACAGAAAACUGGCAUUUGGCUCCCAAUUUGGCCUAUAAAAGUCUUUAAUAAUACCAUUAUUGACCAACUUGAAAACUACCAUGGGCAAAUGACUGCUUUGCUGGCCAUGCAGUUGGAUUCCUCCCUGUUUCCUGCCAUGGGAGCGGUGAGGGGCGCCAGGGAGGGUUGCCGCCCACCCCUACCCUGAGGGAGCCCCUCUGCCCCGCCGCAUGAGACCUAGCGGGGCAGCUGGGGAAGGAGCGGCAUUGCUGUUAGAGUGCCACCUGGAGGAUUCGCUUGCGCAUCGCUUUGUGCAUAUUUUUACCUUUUGCUCCUUGUUAGGUCUAUUCUGAGCUCCUAGAAAAGCAUUUUCCAGAAGGGAUUUCUAUUUUUAAAUAAUGGAAUGGGUCCUUUUCCUUUUUUGCUACAUCACAUCAUAACUGCAGGUCAAGAAUGUGAUGGAUUUGACUGUAUUUGCUUUCAAAUAAAGCCAUGAGUCAUGGAACAUUCUCGGUCCUAAUACUUGGGUUACUAUGGCAGAAGCCAACAAUAAGAUUGCUCUCGUUUUAGAAGAAUGUAGUUUCCCUAAUGGCCUGAAAUUUCCAUUUAACCUUUGAUUUCCAGUGACAUUAGCAAGCUGCUUCUAUCCUCAAGCAAGCUUACAAGAUUGUAUGUUAACUAUAUCCGCUUUUUGAGCAAUGUGAUCAGUUUGUAACUAAAAGAAAAAAAAAAAAAACAACAUUAGAAUCCUGUCUAGGCCAAGAUAUUUCUGGUUCUGGGAUGUCUUUUUAUACUAUGAGAAUGCCCUCCUCCACGGUUCAGACAGCUUCCCCUAGGCUUCACUUUACAUCUGGUUGCCAAAUACUAUUUCUUAAAUUUGGGAGAUGAUGAUGUUAACUUCCUCAAGAUAAUUUCUAAUUUACUGAGUUGUGAAGAGUCUACAUCGAUGGCUACUAAGAAGAUAAUCUUAUUUUUCUGAAUGCUUCCAUGAAUCCAGGGGACUUGAGAUUAUGCAAAACCCACAUGGUUAGAAGAGUAUAUUUAUAAAUAUUCUUUGUUGCUGCAUUAGAUUUUCUAACAGGAAACAUUCUUUACAUGAAAAUACCUUGAGUUAGCUGAGCUUUUCCCUCCUGAUUUUGUGUUGAUUGGUGAAAUACAGGGUAUGUGGAAGUUCUCUAAUUAACCUCGGUUGUGUAUAAAUAACCCACAGAUGUACUGAACUGCUUGUGGGGCUAUCUUGUCCCCUUCAAUCUGUGACACAAUAAAAGCCCUUUGUGCAAAGUCUAAUGAGCACCCUGAGCCAUAAGUUGUUUAAUAAACACAUUUCGGGUGAUUAUUCCAGGUUUUCAUCAGCCCAUCGAUGCACUGAUUUGUGCCCACCCAGAGCAGCUCUCUGCAUCUCCAUCCGGCUCUGCAGUGCACUGAGGCUUCCCUUAAUGAUCACUGUUUGGGUUUCUUUUUGUUCUUCUUUGGGAGGAGUGGGGGGGCAAAAGGGAAGAAGAGAGAUGACUUACAGGGUGGCACUUGAAAGAAAAUUCUAUCAAUAAAAACUGAGUAGAGCAAUCAUGUGAGAUCAGAUUUAAUUUUCAGAGAUGACUUGACAUCAUUCUCAGGCUGUGUUCGUAUUUCACUUCUGGCAUCAAAGGAUUCUUUGGAUGCAUUUUCAUUUCUCAUGUCAUUAAUGUAUCUGUAACCUAACAUGCCGCUCCUCUUGGGAUCUGUGGGAUGGGUUUUUGUUUUUUUUUUUUUUUUAAUCAAGUGGCAUGGUAACUAGCAGAACACAAUUAAUUUAGCCCUUUAGGCAAAACUUGGAAUGCACGGUCUUGCCCAUUGUCAGGCUGUUCAUUUCUAUUCAGAAUAUUAAGCCUCUCCAUGGUUCUUCCCCGAGGUACCCACACACCAACUCAUAUGCCCACGUGAGGCCUGCCAUUACAGUGUGACGUGCUUGUCGUCUGAGAGGUGGGCAGGGACUUAGUUGUGUGAUUUAUAUGUGCAUGUUAAAUCUCCUUCCUCACACAAGAAAGACCAUCUUCCCAGUACUUGCAGUGCCUGAUAAAAGGAACCAAUUGUUUGUUUAUGUUCUCUCUUUGAGAUAGAUUUAUGUGAAAGAGAAGGUUCUCUUUCUCCAGGUCCUCCAGUUGGUGGCAGCUCACCACUCAGUCUCAGGAUUUCCACAGUAUGUCACAGCUAAUGUGUCUACUCAUUCCCUCUAUUUACGGAUUUGUGAGUCACAUGUGGCUCACUGUUCGGGGCAAGACACUUAUGGAAUCGGGCUGGUGGAGAGGGGCCCUGCAGAACUCAAAAGUAAGACAACUGAGAAGGAAUUUCCUCAAUGAGAAUAGGUUUAAAAAAAAAAGUCACUCGAUACCCUGAUACCAUUUUUUUGUGAGUAAGAAAUUAAAUUCAGUGCCUGGUGGCUAGGGUUCUCUCUCUAAAAUCCAUGCUGUUUUAUAAGGACAAGACGUCCUAAGGACAAAGGCUGUUGCCUCUUACCAGGUAAAGUACUGGACAAUGGAUUAAAAUUUCAGGAGCCUGAAGUGAUUUUGGAGUAAAUGAAACAUAUUUUAAUACCAUUUUAUUUCAGGAGAUUUGGGUUUAAAGUUAGGCUUCAGAUUUUGAAAUUAGUUCUCAAUAAACAAUCAGUUAUAUGUAGAAUGUGCACUUUUUUCUUCUUUGAGACUAUCAGAGUCCAUUCCGUGGCUUUUCAGUGUGAUUUUCUUUGUGCUUGUGUUCAUUUAUUCAUUCCUCAAAUAUGGAAUGAGCAGUCUUUGAGUAAGCCUUUGUGGUAGACCUUGGGGGUACAUGACCCUGUCUUCAGAAAUCUUGCAGUCUGGACCAGGAGUCAGCAACAUUUUUCUGUCGAGUACCAGAUUAUAAAUAUCGUAGGCUUUGUGGUCUAUGCAGUCUGUGUUACAACUACUCCGUUCCGCUGGUGCAGCCUGAAAGCAGCCGUCGAUGACUCGUCAGUGAAUGGACAUGGCUGUGUUCCAGUAAAACUUUAUUUACAAAAACAGGCUGUGGACUGACUAGGCCCGCAGGCAGUGGGUUUUGGACCCCUGACCUAGCGGACAAAUAAGAUGCAAUUCAGGGUGACACAAGAUUCUGCAAAGCACGCGGCAGGGGACCGGACCCUGAUGGGGAACGGGGAAUCUGCGAAGCCUUUUUGGAACUGUGAUGUUUACACGGAGACCUGAAAGGUGUGUAGGAAUAGCCAGGGGAGGAGGGUGCAGGUUAGGGACGUGAGAAAGGGGGCAGAUACGUGUGGAGAAUGACGUAUUCCCGAGGGAGGAAGCACUUGACGGUGGCAGGGCUGGAAGGCAGAGACUCCCAUGGAGAGCGACAGGACACCGUCUCGGUCUGUAGGAGUGUGACGUGGUCUCUGCUUUAUACAGGAGGUGACCGCCCCUCAGAACGCUCAGGUGGCAGAACUUGAAGCUCUCUCACGUGAAAAUCAUGCAGACAGUUCUGCUUUCAGUUCAGUCACUUCAGCGCCAGGAACGUGCAUUUGAGAAACAGGCUGGACGAUAUGAACUAUGCGGACAUAAAUGACUUCUUCUUAGUCUAGCAGCUGGGCCUGGAAGGAGGUGCGUGGCUGUUUGGGAGCACAAGGAACUAUAGAAGGAGGAGAGCCAGGCAGCGAUGCUCCCGCGAGGCGUCUUCCUCUGGGAUGAGAGGUCUGUUGCUCUCCCUGAAGAGAAGCCCAACAAGCCAAGUCGCCGAGCUAACGCCUGUUCCCAAAUUGAGGGUUCUGUGACCCCCCCACCUGAUCUUGAACUUGGUGGGGCUUCCCACCUACGGAUGAAGGUAAAAUUUAUGGGCAACAGCACGAUGUUGUGGAAAGAGCCCCGGCCAGGAGAGGAGACGCAUGGUCAAAUCCUGGUUCCAGUAGUUACCAGCUGUGGGACUUUAACAAAGUUGCUAAAACUCUCUACAUCUCAGUUUUGUCAUCUGUAAAAUAGAGGUAUUCUAUCCGCUUGACACAGUUGUCCUAGAGAAGUAAGCAAUGCAGAUCUGUAGCGUUGGCACCGAGCAUGUCGGAGGGGCCCCGGGCAUCUUUCUGAGUUAGCGUUUACUGUUUAUGGCUUGCCUGCCUUUUCCAGCCCUGUUUGCUGUGGAAAAAGAGUUGGGUGACCCAACUCUUUUUCUUUUUCCCCCAACUAUUUAUUUAUAUUAUUAUGCUUAAGUUACAUGGAAGCAACCAAGCAGUUCUGCCCCAUUUCAGGGAAAGUUUCCAAUCAACACCAAUUACGUGGUGACAAAUAACUAGGAACGGUGACGUCUUUGGGUCACGACGGACAAGGAAGGAUGGGCUCCAGUGCUAGGGUUCAUCUCCAGCAAGAAUAUGGCACAGCGGCCCUCACAAGCCACACUAACACGGAGCCUUCAGCGCUGGUCACGAAGUCGGAUCUCUUCCCUGAAGCUAGCAAAUCAAGUGAAAUAACUGGGUUUAAAGAACAUUUUUUUUUUUUAAAUGAAACCAAAUAAGUUUAAAAACCAUGCUCUUGACACAUUUUCCUUUCAAAAUUUACAUGAAACUCGCUUUUUCACUCUAAUAGCCCAGAUUUUUUUCCCUCACAUAGCCCAUCAUGUAGCUAGUCAGAUAGACUCUUCUGCCUCAAGAUGUAAACAUAGGGGGGAAAAAAAUUAACGGCAUGUGAGGGAACCUUACUGAUUCCACCAUCGGAGAAGCAACACAAAGCUCGAGUUCUUCAGAGGGGUUCGGAAGCAUGACAUUUAUGUAAGAUACUCCUUUAUGACUCUGCCCUGUGCUUUAAAAGGAAACACAACAGUGGUGCCACAUUCUCAAGGAAAGCCGCUAGGCUCCUCUAACAAGGAAAUAAAUUUAAAUGCAUUUAAAGUCAGUGUGAAUGUGCAGAAUCUCUGCUUUAAAUCCCUUUUAUCCAGGUUUAGGUCGUGGCCCUUCUCUGUCACUUCUGAUCCAGUUGUGAAUGUACCGCAGUUCCUUCCCUAUCCCAACUCCUGGGUCACUUCCUGGACCCUCCCCAGUGCCCCCUGGCCUCUGCAGUGGCAGGACUACCGCGGUGGGAGAUGGCCUUCCGGCCAUCCUUGCUACCCUCUUCAUUUCCGGCAGGCUCCCCUCGCUCGGCCUAUCAGCCAGUGCCUCGGCUCAUCAUUCCUAUCAGGUUUCAUCCCAGUCCUGUGAUAAAGUAACCAGAACUGCUGUGUUUUUAUGUUUCUGUUACCUUAGACCAGUCUUUGUAGGCACCUCCGACCCCAUCCAAGUAAUCUGAGGGCACUUCUUUCUGGGAUUCUUCAGGGCAUCUGAAUGAAAGGAGAAAGACAGGAAGGAAGUGAGAAGUAGCUUUUUAUGUCUUCUGUGUACUUCUCAUUGUCAGCUGUGAGGGUGGAAGCGAGACUCUCGGACUCUGCACCUGGUUUAGGAGUGAGGAGACCAGGAAGGUGAGAAAUGCCAGUUGGAAAACUAAAGGGCUGGGAGAGAGGAUGACCUUAAGCUAGCUCAGUCUGUGAGUCUGUGUCGUCUCCAGAAGUCCCAUCAGUGGGAGGUUGAGACCUCAGUACUUUCCCCUCCCUGUCUCUCUGGAGCCCCCCUCCCAACCAUGGCCUCUAGCUUGGAGCCUUGGAGCCAGCACUCCUCACAGGGACUGGUGCAGCCAUUAAUAGGGCCAUGUUGCAUCUCAAGCAAGACUUAGUUUAGGGCACGUAGCCCCAUAAAAGCCAUGUUGUACACAGAGUUUAGACCCUGUGGAAAUAUUCGUACUUGAAUUCAGGAACAUUUAGGACUAAAUAUAAGCAAACGCCGCGGGCAAGAAGCAAAGUGUCUUUCAAAAUGCCUUGCUUGUGUGCAUCCUUUUAAGAUUUCUAUUUGUGUUCCUCACCCAGUGUUCUUUUGAUCCGUUACUGCUUUUCUCAAUGAUUUAUUAAACCAACGUGUCAUAUAAAACCCUUUGUAAUUUGAUGCAAAUACUUUUGUUAGAGUUUGGUGUUUAUCUUUUAAUUAAUUUGGGUUUUUUUAAGA